GCUAAAACCUUAGCUCAUGCACAGUCAGAUCAGAUGGACAGCGCCUGUGGUCAUCGAUUUUUCACGUCCUGCAUCAAUUUCCCAGUUGGAUUUAGUUCUGGACUUUGACUUGACCAUCUAGCACAUAAAUAUAUUUUCAUCGAAACCAUUCCAGUUUAGCUCUGUCUGUAUGCUUAGGGCUAUUUGUCUGAUUUAUUCCAUCUUCCCAUUGGCUCGGCCCAGCUUCUCUGUCCCUGUUGAAGAAAAACAUCCCAACAGCGGCCCCCGUAUUUCACAUUGAGGAUGGUUUGUUUAGGCUGAUGGGUAUAUUUAGUUUUCCACAUAGCACUCUCCAUAUAGGUCAAAAGGUUCCAGUUUCCUCCAAUGUGACUAGAGCAUCGUCUUCCACCGAUUUAACAAACUGCAGAUGGGACUUCUUACAACAACGACUUUACUUAUUUCACUCCAAGUCCAGAUUUGUGGAUUGCACAACUAAUAGUUGUCCUGACAACCGAUUCUCCCGCCUGAGCUGGACCGACCCAGAUGGCCUGUCGGUGCUUCAGCAGCUCGGCCUGGACCAAAACUCUGACUUCUCGGACACCAGCGUGCAGCAGUGCCUGGAUGAGCACCGCGAGAGGAUCCGUAGGGAGAUCCGCAAGGAGCUGAAGAUCAAGGAAGGCGGGGAGAAUCUGCGCAGGGCCAUCACGGACAAGAGAAAAGCCCAGCAGGUGGACUCGCAGCUCCGCAGCUCCAAGCGCAAGCUGGAGACCCUCCAGACUCAGCUGCAGGAGCUGGAUGCACACAUUGUUGUCAAGGGCCCAGAUGACAACAAAGAUACCACGAAUUCUCCGGGCUCAGUCAACCGGACCUCGACCAAUCAGCACCGGAUUGCAGCUUUGGAACGGCAGCUAAAUAUUGAGUUGAAGGUCAAGCAGGGAGCAGAGAACAUGAUCCCAAUAUACGCCAGUGGGGGUACCAAGGACAAGAAGCUUCUCCAGACAGCUCAGCAGAUGCUGCAGGACAGCAAAACAAAAAUCGAUAUCAUCCGCAUGCAGAUCCGAAAGGCCAUGCAGGCCACCGAGCAGUCCGACGACAACCAAAGUAAGCCGGACCUGUGUGGGGCGGAGCUGCGUGUGGAGGAACUUUGGCAUCACUAUCGCGUGGAGCAUGCCAUGGCUGAGGGAGCCAAGAACAUGCUGAGACUGCUGGGUGCUGGAAAGGUCCAGGAUAAGAAGGCCAUCGCUGAGGCCCAGUGUGGUCUGAGCGAGUCGUCUCAGCGUCUGGACCUCCUCCGGUGCUCCCUGGAGCAACGGCUCCAGGAGCUCCCAGAAGAUCAUCCCAAGGCCUGUCUCAUCAAGGAGGAGCUGGUGCUGGCCUCUUCCUCAGCGUUCAGCUCCCAGCAUAGCAACCCAUAUGUGCACAACCAGUAUAGCACGCUGAGCAAACCGUCGCCACUCACAGGCACUCUUCAGGUUCAUCUUCUCGGCUGUGUGGGGCUGCUGGACGUUGUUCCAGGACGGAGCAGGGGGACCCAAGUGGUCCUUCCUUCUUUUUCUCAGACCGAUGGGCGCUCCUCAUUUAAACUGAUUGGCCUCUAUAGCCGCAGCACCAGCAGCAUGAGCCUCAAGCUCCCCAGCAAGAACGACGAGCUCUCCUCGGAGGUGAGCGCAGUGCUGAAGCUGGAGAACACUGUGGUGGGACAGACUCCUUGGAGAACAGUGGGAGAGCAGGCCUGGGACCACACCUUCAUCGUAGAACUGGAGAGAUCCCGGGAGAUGGAGAUAGCCGUGUACUGGAGAGAUUAUCGCUCCCUGUGCGCCCUGAAGUACCUGAAGCUGGAAGAGUUCCUGGACAACCAGAGACACCAGGUCCAGCUGGAACUGGAGCCACAGGGGCUGCUUCUGGCUGAGGUUACCUUCUUCAACCCAGUCAUAGAGCGAGGUCGACGACUGCAGAGACAGAAGAAAGUAUUUUCUAAACAGCACGGCAAAGCUUUCCUACGUGCCCGUCAGAUGAACGUAGACAUUGCCACCUGGGUCCGCCUGCUGAGGAACGCCAUCCCCAGUGGAAGCAACACGCCCGCGUAUACACCCAGCUUCGCCAGCAAUACGCUCACACACACCACGGGAGAAAUCUCUGUGGAGAAGUUGAAUUUGGACAGUGAUUCUCCUCCGAAAGCUGAGACCCAGAAAGACGUGGUGGACGCCCCUGCACCCUUGGAGCAGACGCCUGUCAUUGAGCCCCUGCCAACGCCUGAUGUCCCCGCUCAGGACCGGCAAACCAGAUCGCUGUCCCAGAGCUCUUUACGCAGAGCCAGCAGAGGUCCUCUGUGUCUGCAGGACUUCAAACUGAUCGCAGUUCUCGGCAGGGGCCACUUUGGGAAGGUGUUGCUGUCAGAGUAUAAAAAGACCGGCAGCCAGUACGCCAUCAAAGCCCUGAAGAAAGGAGAUAUUGUAGCUAGGGACGAGGUAGAGAGUCUGAUGUGUGAGAAACGGAUCUUUGAGACCGUCAACAGCUCCCACCACCCCUUCCUGGUCAACCUGUUUGCGUGUUUCCAGACCUCAGAACACGUGUGUUUUGUCAUGGAGUACACGGCCGGAGGAGACCUCAUGAUGCACAUACACGCCGACGUCUUCUCCGAGCCACGGGCUGUGUUCUACUCAGCCUGUGUAGUCCUGGGUCUGCAGUUCCUUCAUGACCAUAAGAUUGUAUAUCGGGAUCUGAAACUGGACAAUCUGCUCCUUGAUACAGAGGGUUUUGUGAAGAUAGCUGACUUUGGGCUCUGUAAAGAAGGCAUGGGUUAUGGAGACAGAACCAGUACAUUUUGUGGUACUCCCGAGUUUCUGGCCCCCGAGGUUCUGACGGACACGUCGUAUACCAGAGCAGUCGACUGGUGGGGGCUCGGGGUACUCAUCUAUGAGAUGUUGGUCGGCGAGUCUCCGUUUCCAGGUGAUGAUGAAGAGGAGGUGUUUGACAGUAUAGUGAAUGACGAGGUGCGCUACCCGCGUUUCCUCUCCACCGAGGCCAUCGGCAUCAUGAGAAGGUUGUUGAGAAGAAAUCCUGAGAGGCGCCUGGGCUCUGGAGAGAAGGAUGCAGAAGAUGUCAAGAAACAACCAUUUUUCAGAAGCAUGGACUGGGAUGCCCUUCUUCAGAGGAAAGUCGCCCCUCCCUUCGUCCCGACCAUUGCAGGGAAAGAAGACGUCAGCAACUUCGACAUGGAGUUCACCGCCGAGGCUCCUGCGCUCACACCUCCCCGAGAGCCCCGCGCCCUCUCGCGGAAGGAGCAGGACUACUUCAAGGAAUUCGAUUACGUCUCCGACCUCUGCUAGGGCCUGGGGUCAUGGAGGGGUUAUCUGCCCACCAUCAGCCACAGACUCUGAUAGGAGAUUGACAAGGGAAGGCUGACUGCUGUGCUGCACAGGCACCGUAGAACAUGACGGAGAAAUGAGGAGAGGAUCCUUUUAACUCUGACCUCUUUCUUUGUGUGAGUGUGUGUGAGAUGAAUAGGACAGCUGAACUGAAUGUGUGUGAACACCAAACCCAACAGCGUGUCACGCACAAGUUCUGGGCCACAGAUGGGCUUCCAGAUGUGGCUUUCAAAGAGGAGGGAAGCUGUGAUGAUAACAGACGUUUAUCCAGAUUAUGUAAGAGAUGGACAAAUCUUUUGAUGGAUCCUGAUGAGACAGGAAGCUAUUUUUUCCUCGUCUUCACUCUGGAAUUGCCCCAAGCUCUUGUUUUUAUCCCUGCUGUUUGUCGCUGGUAACUGCGUGUUUAAAUGUGAACCGUGGCCCCUCUGUCUCAGUCAUGCACUACCCGUAAACCGCCACUUGUGGGCGUCAGAGGACGUAGUAGAAAGAGAAAUUACUGUUUUAUGGUGAUUUGUUUUGCCAAAGAAAGGAACCACAAGUGGACGUUUUCAAGGGAUGAGCUGCUAUUUGUGUGUCUGCUUAAUCACCCUCCUUCACAAUCGUUUCUUCCUGCUAUUUUUCGGUACAUAACAGGUUUUUUAAAGCAUAGCUUUUCUCAGAAGGUUUUUUUUUAUUUUUUGUGAUAAACUUUUAUCUCUGUCUGUGUUUCUUCUUCCUUUGUCAUUUGCUGAUAUAACUUGUAGCAGCUGUGAUCCAGUAAAGAUGUGAAACCAA